GGUUAUUUUGGAGCCUAGUUAAGAUUGGAAGUCACGCGGUCGUAUUAUGCGGUCAUUGUGGCUUUGAGUACGUGAGAUCCUCUUCAUUGAGGGCGUCGUGAGUUUUCUCCCUAGGGUUUAUCACUCUGCUUCGCAAGGUGUAACCCAACCCGCCAGGCACCCGCCGAGUCCAGCCCUAUCUAGCGGUUCAAACUAAACUGAACAAUCUUAAACCAGAAGUUCACCUCUUUUCAGGGCGACCAGCGGUGUGUUUAUGUCGUUGUUUUGUGAAAACGGCGAGUACCUGGACGACAGGAGCUACGGAUGGGAAAGUGCUAUAGUGCAGCUGCCGGAACCUGUUUGGGGGGAACUUAGUCAACGAGCUCGAAGCCUGGAGCCUCAGUGGCCGUACCCUUUUCAUGUCAGAGACAGAGUACUCUUGCAGUUGUUUAUGUCAUCCCCUCCUCUCCACACAGAAGAUACCAAUAAUAGCCAAUUCAAGAUCUUCUCGUCUUGCUGAUAAAACAUACGGGAAGCCAAAAUGUCCAUCAAUGUCAACCGCAGCGUGUUAGACCAGUUCUACCGCUAUAAAAUGCCCCGUCUGAUUGCAAAGGUGGAAGGCAAGGGGAAUGGAAUCAAGACCGUCAUUGUCAACAUGGUUGAUGUUGCCAAGGCUCUGAAUCGGCCUCCAACAUAUCCCACCAAGUUCUUUGGUUGUGAGUUGGGAGCCCAGACCCAGUUUGAUGCCAAGAAUGACCGAUACAUUGUCAACGGAUCUCACGAGGCAAACAAACUGCAAGACAUGCUAGAUGGAUUCAUUCGCAAGUUUGUGCUAUGUCCUGAGUGUGACAAUCCUGAAACUGAUUUGCACAUUAAUCCCAAGAAGCAGACCAUUGGAAACUCCUGCAAGGCCUGUGGGUACAGAGGGAUGUUGGACACCAGACACAAACUGUGCACCUUCAUUCUGAAGAAUCCACCAGAGAAUGAAAGUGGAUCUGUGAAAAAGGAGAAGGAAAAGAAGAACCGAAAGAAGGACAAAGAGAAUGGCUCAAGUGGGGGAGAGGCUGGUGACCAUAAUGACAUAGAUGCCCCUGAUGCUGUGGAUGGGGAUGAUGAUGAUGAAGACUGGGCUGAGGAGACCACAGAAGAGGCCCAGCGUCGCAGGAUGGAGGAGAUCAGCGAGCAUGCCAAAGGCCUCACACUCACCGAAGACUUGGAGAAGUCGCUGGAGGAGAGGGUCAACAUAUUUUACAACUUCGUGAAGCAAAAGAAGGACUGUGGAUCGAUUGACUCUGCAGAUAAAGAGAUUUUAGCUGAGGCUGAGAGACUGGAUGUGAAGGCCAUGGGUCCUCUCAUCCUAAGCGAGCUGCUCUUUGAUGAGAACAUUCGAGAACAGAUCAAGAAGUACAAGCGCCACUUCCUCAGGUUCUGCCACAACAAUAAGAAAGCUCAGAAAUAUCUGCUGGGUGGAUUUGAGUGCCUGGUGAAGCUGCAUCAGAGUCAACUCUUGCCACGAGUCUCCGUUAUACUCAAAGACUUGUAUGAUGCAGACCUGGUGGAGGAAGAUAUCAUCCUUGCAUGGGCUGAAAAGGUCUCUAAGAAGUAUGUGUCCAAAGAUUUGGCUAAGGAGAUUCAUGCCAAGGCAGAGCCCUUUGUUAAAUGGCUUAAGGAGGCAGAAGAGGAGAGUGAAGGCACUGAGGAAGAAGCGGAAGAGGACAAGGACAAUCUUGAGGUGGUAUAUUCGUCGUCCGCCCGUGAGCUGAAAAUGGAGACCACAAAACUUGAAAAGCCAGACCAUGAGGAGGACAUUGAUAUUGAUGCUAUUUAAAGAUAAACCAAAAAGCUUAAGUUGCCUCUUAAUAUAUUGCUACGCUUAUUUUUGUGAGACGCAUGCCUUGUCACCUCCAUUGGCCUUCUCUUCAGCUGAAGGCCUGGGUUGGUGCUCUGCAGAAAGCCUCUUAUUUUAGUUUUCUCACCAGCUCUCUUGAUGAAUUGUUGCUGUUCUUCUGCAUGGAUUUCUUAGAUUAUAGAGCAUAUAAUGCACAUGAUAUCCCCUUGUAUUUUUGCAACUAAUAAAGAUUUUUGCCUGUGAAUUCAACCUGCUGUCCAGUUGAUUCUAAUGCUUUUACUAUUUUAAUCAGUUAGCAUAGUAUCGUUUUGUCAUUAUAAAGUCUGUAUGGUCCACUUUGCAGCUUAUAGCCAAAAAUCACCAUCUUGGAGCGGAAAAGGCUGCCUUAAACAAAAUGACCAACUACACUUGGUAUUUUUUUUUUUCCAGUGGUGUGAAAUCCAUACCAUAUUAAUUAGGAAUGUCAUGAAAUGGUCGUAAUGUUAUUUUCUCAAUACUUUUUUUUUUAAAAGACAUUAACAUUUGCUGACAUUUACGUCAGAAGGCUGAUUUGUAACAGCUUUUGGAGAUACCAUAAGGGGUCAUAUAAAAUUUACUGUACUUAAAGGAAUGUUCCAGGUUAAAUACAAGUUAAGCUAAAUCAAAAUAAUUUGUGACUCGUCCCUCUUUAUUAAAAGCACAAAUUUGUGUUUCAGUCAGGCCCUUACAAUGGAAGUGUAUGGGGACCAUAUUUGGAUAGUUUAAAGGCAGAAACUUUAAGCUUAUUUCAUAAAAGCACUUGCAUUAAUUAUUUUGUUAAAACUUGUGUAUUAUUUGAGCUGGAAAGUAGUUUAAAUUGUACAUUUUACAGUUGUUUUAGGGUUUGUUGACAUUACGUCAUCAUGGCAAUGAAUGUGUAAAAUUGGCUGAACUUUACAGUAAGUAAUUUUAUCUCACACAAAUAAUUUUACACACGUCUCGUGAGUAUACUUUUGAAACCAAGUAUUUUAAUGUUAAUUUUUUUUUUUUAAGAAAUGAGGGGCGAGUCAAAAUAAAUGUACAUAUUAAUCAAUACUUUGCUACAAAUGUUGUCGAUUGAGCUUUAACUUAUUUUGAACCCGGAACAUUCCUUUAAAAAAAAUAGUUUAGCCAAAAAUGAUAAUUCUCUCAUUUACUCACCCUCAUGUCAUCUCAAACACAACUUUAUUCUGCAGAACACAAACAAACAUAUUGUAAUAUAGAUAUGUCUGUUUGACUAUACAAUGCAAGUAAAUGGUGACCAAAAAGGAUAUAAAGGUAGUCUAAAAGGCUUUAGUAGUUUAAUCCAUGUCUUCUGAAGUUUUGGGUAAGAACAGACCAAAAUAUUACUCCUUUUUCAUGGUACGAUCAUGAUUUCAAGCUCUAUUACACUUACUAUUGCUUCACACAUGCGUAGAGCGCUAGAUGGCACAACAAGAAGUGUAAUCAAGCUUGAAAUCAUGAUCUUCGAGGAAACUGCUGAUGUGAAGAUUUAUAGUGAGUUACAUUUUGGUCUUCACACCCAAAAUCGAUUGGAUCGCUUUAGAAGACAUGGAUUAAACUACUAAAGUUGGAUUGCUUUUAUGCUGACUUUUUCUCCUUUUAGGUGUUUGGAGUUCUGGUCACCAUUCACUUGCAUUGUGAGGACAAACAAACAUUGUAUCUACAUUAAAAUAUCUUUGUGUUCUGCAGAAGAAAGUCAUACUAGUUUGAUACAACAUAAUGGUGGGUAAAUGAUGAGAGAAUUAUCAUUUUUGGCUGAACUAUUCCAUUAAUACUAAAUUAUUGUCUCACCUAUCACCCCUACAUUUGUGCAGCUGGUGGGUAGUGUUCAGUAUUCGAAAACAUUUCUGAUUAUGCGUGUAAAAGGCAUCAAUCCCAAGACAAAUAUAAACAAAUAAA